GGCAGCGGUUAGGCAGAACCCUUCGCGUCAAAAAUUCACGUAAAACAUGUGACCUUCCCAAGUAGUCAAUAUGUGACGAGUCGGGAGUGAGAAUGUGUUGCAAUAAACAUCUUCAAAUCGUGGUUUGCUUUUAUACUGUGGCUCAAUCUACUGAUGCAUAAUUAUACAUGUAUGAUUUGCAGCAUAUUGGAAUAUUCUUAUCUCUUCGCCCCAUGCCAAUGAAUGUCACCUUGCGCCUCGCUAAUUGCUGUUUUCACAAUGGUGAAUUAUUGUUUGCAUACUCCUACAUCGUAAAAAAAAAAUCUCACAUUAUAUACAAGCAAAACAUUCAUUUCGAUUCAUAUACCUAUAUGAGUAAAUGCAUUUUAAAACAAGUAUUUUAACUGAGUUAUGUUGGUUUGAUGCAGUUCCCCCAAACUGUCCAUGAGGCGACAGUCAAGACCGUAACACCGACGGGGAUCGUUGAUUUGAAAAGGCACCUCCCAUGUUCAGAGCAUCCAUUUUUAUCGGUACAUUGUGAGGCUUAGACGCAGUGAAAGACAGCAACAUUUUGUGUUUCGCGUCUGUAAAAAUAUUCCCUCUCCAUAUGAAUCAAGGGUUUUGUACGGAUCUAUGUUUUGUUAUCGCUGGGCGGAACUAUGGAUCCUCUGAGAGGAGUGAUCUCCUUUGGAAUAUAUCUGCUGUUUGUUUCCGUGGAGCAUAACAGUGGAGCCGUGUCUGGGCAGCUUUCUUACUCUGUACAGGAAGAGGUAAACCCCGGGACUUCAGUUGGCAAUUUGGCGAAGGAUCUCAACAUUAAUGUGCAGGAUUUGGAGUCGCGUAUGUUCCAGACAGUUGCCGGAUCAAAGACAAAGUAUUUUGAUGUCAAUUUAAAGUCAGGAUUUCUUUACGUCAGUGAGAGAAUCGACAGAGAACUUCUUUGUGCGAAGGCGACAGCAUGCACCAUAAAUGUAGAAGCUGUGAUUAACAAUCCACUCAAACUUUAUCAGAUUGAAGUCAUUGUUCUAGAUGUAAAUGAUAACGCGCCUGUUUUUAGUACGAAAUCUCAAACUAUCAACAUAGCGGAGAACAUUUUGCCAGGAACAACAUUUCCUCUGUUGUCCGCAUAUGAUGCCGAUGUGGGGAAAAACGGUAUAAGCAACUAUAAGCUAAAGCCUAGCGAGUAUUUUUCUUUAAAAGUACACAAAGGUGAGAGUGUGUCAGCGGAGUUAGUCCUUCAGAAAGCCUUAGAUCGUGAGAAGCAGGAAAUAAUUAAACUUACGCUAACAGCAAUAGACGGAGGGACACCAGUGAAAUCAGGUACAUCAGAAAUUAUUAUUCGUGUCCUUGAUAUAAACGAUAAUAUUCCCACUUUUAUCAAAACACUGUAUAAAACAAGCAUUACAGAAAAUGCACCCCUCGGAAUGACUUUAGUCGAGGUGGCUGCGACUGAUGCAGACCAGGGAUUGAACAAAGAAAUUGUAUAUUCAUUGAAUUCAAACGAUCAGGACCACGUUUUAGAAAUAUUUGAAAUUGAUAGCGACACGGGGGUAUUAACAGUUAAAGAGAAUAUAGACUUUGAAUUAAAUCCAUCUUUUGAGAUUCGCGUGCAGGCUGCAGACAAAGGCAAUCCUCCGCUAACAGCUCAGUGUAAAGUCCUGGUGGAGGUGGUGGAUGUAAAUGACAAUGCGCCUGAAAUCACUGUCACGUCACUGCUCCGUAGUGUCAAAGAGGACGCUGAAAUAGGCACUGCAGUUGCACUUGUGUCAGUUCUCGAUAGAGACGGUGGCAAAAAUGGUGAAGUGAAAUGUGAGAUUUCCGAACAACGUUCCCUUUAAAUUAGAGACAAAUUACAAAAAUUAUUAUACUCUGGUUUUAAGUCACGCUCUAGAUAGAGAAAUAAUUUCUCAGUAUAACAUUACAAUUAAAGCUACAGAUGAAGGGAGCCCUACGCUGUCUAAUACAAGUGUUGUUUCGAUUCAAGUUUCCGACGUAAAUGAUAACGCGCCUCAGUUUUCUGAGGCUGUAAUUAAUAUGUAUGUGCAGGGAAAAUAGUCCAGUUGGGACGGUUUUAAAAGCAGUAUAUGCAACUGAUGCUGAUGCUAGUGAAAACAGCAUGGUGAGCUACUCCAUAAUCAGUAACAAUAACUUUGUA